GUGUUUGUGUUUGGGGGAAGGGAAGGCGGAGUGAGGGACGUUGUGUUGUGCUGACAAUGCAGGUCUGUUCUGAAACCCAAAGGAAAACAUUAGUACAAAGUAAAAGAAAGAAAAUGUUGGCAUUUCCAAGAAUACUUAAAUAAUUGCUGCUAUUCUGGCCCUCAGAUUGGUGGUGUGUCUGAGUAAUAGUUCUGGCCUGAGUCCUUUAUACCACACUGUGUCCCGGAGGGCAGGCUGGCUCUGUCAUGUCUGUAAGGAUUUACCCAGGGUGUGUGGUGCUCUGGGGGACUCCACGGCGACACAGAGGAGCCAAACACUGGGCUAUAAGGAGAGACGGUGAAGAUGGCGCUUCGCUGUUGAGGGACACUCCUCGGAGCUCACAAUUCAUAGCACUUCAGACAGGUGGAGGCUUCUGGGGGGGGCCUCCUCAGUUCCACUCCAGGCUCCUCCUCCAUGGGGAAGGUUGGCUCCAUGCCUGCAUCCCUUCUGGGUCAGAAGACACUUACUGGGCUGCCUUGGGGCCACUCAGGCCCCGGAAUUCCGCCCCCCCAGUCAUUCCCGCUCUGCCACUCCGGGCCCCGCCCCAGUCCCGGGUGCAUCCUCAGGGCUGUCACCUGCCAGAGGGCCAGCAGGUGCCUCCUCUUUCAGCUCCUGCCCUUAAGAGGGGGCUUAUGAUCUGUUCAUCCUCCACCCGCUCCCUGGGAUGCCCUGAAAGCCUCCACAUCAGCAACCAGACACGACAUCCUUGUUCACUUCCAAUCCUUCCUUCCCGGCUUGGACACUAAUCACCACUCUCCCAGGCCAGAAAAAUCUUCGCUCAGGUAGUACUACUCCUCGAUCUUUUCAGACUCACACCUGGAGGGAAGCUUUGGAGUUUAAGAGCCAAACAUUAUGUUAAUUUAUUCUGUGGUUCCCCCAGGAUGUUUCACCUUGGAGUAAUGCUGAGUUGGUGUCUCCCUAUCCAAGUGGGGAAGAGUCACAUUUUAAGGCAAAACUGGGGGGAGGGGAUUCAAAACAGUUCCUACUACACAUGUCAUCUUGUCCCCACUGCCUUGCUCUCACCCCAUGGCUUAUCCCUCUUCUGGGUGGGGCUGUGUCACCUCAGAUGGCAGCUCCUUCUAGUGACGGCUGCAGGGAGGAAAGGGGGGAUACAUGUCUCUUCGGGUUGCUGUGGAAGGAGCCCAUGGCCCUGAAGGUGUGUCCUGGGUUCCCAGAGCCUGAGCUUUGGUCCUGGGCUCCCACCCACGGACCCUGCUGAAAUUCUGGGCUGCAGAGCAAAGGGUUCAAACCCAUGGCUUUGGCAUUUGUAUCUGGGUUUCCCACACCCUAGCCAUGCCACCUUAGGGAAGGACUUAAUUCCCCCAACCUUAGUUUUCUCAUCUGUAAAAUGGGGUUAGCAGUACAAUCCACAGUCCCUUUUCUGAAAUCCUUGGGGUCAGAUAUGCUCCAGAAUUCAGAAUUUUUCAGCUUCAGUCAUGUAACUUGGUGUAUCUACUCUAUAGGACAUAACAACCACUGGGGUCUGAAAGCACCUUGUAAUCAAACACAUUAGUGUUUCUGACACUGAACUUUUGAGCAGUCACACUACAUAAAAUAAAGACCAUAAAUUGUCUUGUGUCUGUUCAGUUCAAAUUUUUUACCAAACAAUUUUUUAAAAAAUUUUUGUUCAGUUUUGAGAGCCUUGAAGGGUUGUAGUUACAGAUAAGGGUCAGGCUACCCUGUGUCUCUGUAGAUAAUGGCAUGCGGCACAAAGAGGUAAAAAAAUGUUCAUGGUUUGAUGCCAGACCAAACACAGCUGUGAACCUUGGGAUAAGACAAGUCUCCUGAGAAGGCCAAGGGUGAUGGGUGGGGAGAAUCAUUCUGGAGCAGCAGUGCCAUUACCCAAGUGUGUGGACAAUUGGUUCGAACUCCAGAGAUCUUAGCCUCAGCCAUCACAGACCCCUGAGACUUUCCAGGCGUCUGAUCAAUCCUCCUCCAGAGCUGAAUCUUCCUCUGGUGGGUCCUCGGUGAAGACCACUGCCAUGUUGGUGGCAGUGACCAGUAGGACCAGAACGACCACCACAUAAUCGUCCGCAGGCCUGGGCUCCUCAACCAUUAUGGGUUGCUGCCUCCGACGGCUGCAGCUGCUCUCCACCUGCGUGGCCUUCUCCCUGGGAGCCAGCGUGGGCACCUGGAAGGGGACCAUAGGUAACUGGUCCAUGUUCAUCUGGUGCUUCUGCUUCGUCGUGACCCUCAUCAACCUCAUAGUCGAGUUAUGUGAGCUCGAGGAUCACUUCCCCUUCUCCUGGGACAACUUUCUCAUCACCUGCAACUGCUACUCUGCCCUCCUCUGCCUCUCGGCCUCCAUCAUCUACCCCACCACCUACAUUCAGUUCUUGCCCGAUAGCCGCUACCGGGACCGCACUAUCACCUCCACUGCAUUCUCCUGCCUUGCUUUUGUGGCUUAUGCCAUGGAAGUGGCCUGCACUAGGGCCCAGCCCAACAUGAUCACAGGCUAUAUGGCCACCGUGCCAGGCCUGCUCAAGGGGCUGGAGACCACUGUGGCCUGUGUCAUCUUUGUCUUCAUCAGCAGCCCCUACCUGUACCUGCACCAGCCGGCCCUGGUGUGGUGCGUGGCCGUGUACUCCAUCUGCUUUCUCCUGUCAUCUGUGGCCCUUUUGCUGAACCUGGGCAAGUGUGACAACAGGCUGCCCAUCCCCUUCCCCAUUUUCCAGGUUGUGCUCACUCUGCUCUCCGUCCUCCUCUAUGCCACCGCUCUGGUCCUCUGGCCGCUCUACCAGUUCAACCAGAAGUUUGGCGGCCAGCCCCAGCGGUCCAGCGAUGUGAGCUGCAGCGAUAGACUCACCUCCUUGGUGUGUACCUGGAACCAACGACUGGCUGUGGCCAGUCUGACAGCCAUCAACCUGCUGAUUUAUGUGACUGACCUGGUGUUCUCGGUCCACCUGGAUUUUGUCAGUGGCUGAGGCUUUGCCCAGGGGCUCCUGAUUCCUCUUCUCACCUGAAGUUCGUUUCCAAGCCCUGACGUCCUCUGAUGUGCUCUUCCUGGCUCCCCUCUCUCCCUGCUCACAUCCUUCCCCAACCAUCUCGCUCUCUUUUCUGCUCCCUUCCCUCCUUCUGCUCUGUCUCCUUCCUGUUUUGUGUGGUUGCCCACAUUCUGUUUUGCCUCUUUCUCUUUUCACUCUCUUAUUUUCUACAUUUUCUGCUUUUUGGCCCUUUUCUGGUCAUUUUUGUUUUCUCAUCUCCUGUGUCCUGACCGCCUCUUCCCCUUUUCCUUCUUCUGAUCCACCGGGACCCUGAGCUUCUUCCUCCUCUGCCCACCGCCCCCGUCCCACCUCCUAAGGUGCUAACUCCACAUCACACAGCCCUCUGUGCAGCUGUUCACACCCUGGGCCUCCAGAGGGGCCUCACAGCCAAAGUAUGCCUGUGCCCCUGGUGGCGCCUUUGUUGGUGUGUGUAUAUGGGUUUGGGGUGUGCCAGUGAGUAGGUAGGGAUUGGGCCUCACUUCCUCCCAGUGGAGGGGGGUGUACAGUGCACCUUCCCUUUAUUUAAAAAAAAAAAUCUCUGGAGGGCAAUAAUUUCCGGUGGUCAGGAGGCUUAAAGCAGAGACCCUGGGUCCCUAGACCCCAGCUGGUGCUCGGCCCUGCCUGACACUGGCUCCAGAAUUUUUCCCGGCUUACUAAAACCCACCUCCUAGAGGUCAUCUUAAAAGACGCAAGGGCUGAAUGCCUUCCAUCUGAACUACUCUCUUGGGGAUCAAAAUAGGAGCUGGCAAAAAACUGCAUGGUCUUGAAGACAACUGUCUGAAGUAUUUGUGAGGGGCAGCAAUGUGGCCCUCCUGCCUCAGAGUUCAAAACAGCAUGUCCUGCCUCUGCGGGGAGAAGAAAAUGGUCCCUGCCAGCCUUAAAGCUGAUGUUAGACUGGAAUUUUUCUUUUUGUGUGAGUGGUCAGGAGGUCAAAAAUUACUGGAUGGCCCUGUUCUUUUUUUUUUUUUCUAACAAAGAUAAGAUUGAGUUUAAUUGUUUGUCUUUGGAUUUUUUUUCUUUUUUAAAAAAUAAUCUUUAUUGGAGUCUAAUGGCUUUACAAUGUUGUGUUAGUUUCUGCUGUACAACAAACAAAGUGAAACAGCUAUAUGUAUACAUAUA